AUGGUGUGGGAGGCGUACAACGGCAAAACGCUCUUUCUCACGGGCACGACUGGCUUUGUCGGGUCGGCGCUUCUAUUGCGCCUCCUGAGCCAGUCGCGUCCGGAGCGUGUGUUCGUGCUCUGUCGAGGUGGAGCAAAAGGUGCUGCAUCGAAAUGGGCCAAGCUCUUGCCAGAGCUGCAGGCCACUGCCUUGGUGCAGGAUCCCCGCAUCACGGUCCUCGACGGUGACAUGACCUCGAUCGACUUUGGACUGUCGGACAGUGAUGUUCAGCUUCUGCGCGAGUCAGUCCACUUCUUCAUCCAUGCCGCCUCGACAAUUCACUUGCGCAUGAAAUUGCGCGAGCUGUCUUACUCGGUCAUUGCGCCAAGUGUUUGGCUUGCUCGACUAGCCUUUUCCAGCCGCAAAUUGGAGCGUUUUGUUUUCAUCUCCACCGCCUACGCCAAUGCACACCUCUGGACCCAAGACGCGUCUUGCAGCGACGUACAGAUCAAGGAACAAAUCUACCCUCUGAUCAAGGAUGAGAAUCCCUUUUUCGCAGCUCCCAACGCCUGGCAAGACGUGCAAAAGAACGGGUCGACGGCCGAAUUUGAAGCACACAACUAUCCCUGGGCGUACGCGUAUGCAAAGCACCUGACUGAGCGCUUGUUGCUCUUUUUCGCCUCGCAACGUGGCGUUCUGGGCAAGCUCUUGAUUGUGCGGCCCUCGGUCAUUGGUCCUGCCCAGCAGUAUCCCUUCCCCGGCUUCUCUACGGCCACUUCGACGCCAACUACUGCUUGCGCGACCGCGUUUGUCUUGCAUCCAGGACGUUCGAUGCUCUUUGCUACACGCUGCACAGACCCGGCACGCACAUCUACCAUUGACGAGGUGCCAGUGGACGUUGUUGUCGAUCGAACACUGGCACACUUGGCGGCUGGAACGAGCGGCUGUGUGCAUGCAGUCGCAGGGGCCCCAGGUCGCGUCACAAUUGAAGACUGGGCCAGAGCCAACAACAAAGAGCGUCGCAUUCCGUGGCACGUCAAGCUCAAGUGGACCGACGCCGACUGGCAUGCGCGCCAGCUAUGCCCGCUCGCACGCAUCUUCAAGAUCGUAGGCACAUCCUUCGACUUUCGACAAGACAAGACGGACGCUCUCGCUCGUCAGCUACCACAACACGAAUUGCAGGCAUUGAAGCUGUACAUGGACACAUCUGCUGACUACAGCGUUGCAUCGCGGCGCCGUCACAUCCGCGAAUUGGGCAUCGAAAUGGCUCAACGCAAAAAGUGGCCCGUAUUCCUGGUCAAGUUGAUGUGUCGCAAAGAGGCCAGAUUGCAGCAGCAGCCGCACGUCUAUCCACAGGACUCGGCUGAAACGCCCCUGUCAGAAAAAUAAAACAGGGCCCCAUGCGACCGCAAAGCCCCCUGUUCCUGCGCGCAUGUGACGCGGACGCUCUGUUCGCUUCAACAGAUAUUGACGGUGAAAAAAAGCCAGCCAGCCAACCCUCUCACUUCCGUAAAAGCCCAACCUGCAGAGCUCUUGCUGCCUUCGCUCCUUUCUCCCCUUGCGCCUGUGACAGCGCCCACAGUUCCCACGGGCCG